AGAAGAAGUCAAAGAAGAUCUGAACCCGCCAUUCAGUAGGAGGGGUCACGUGGUUUUGUUUUGUUAAUAAAUAGUAUCUUUUUCUUUGUAUAUUACUGUGUUUUUGGAGAAAUAAUGUGUAUUUGUACCUUCAACUAAACCUCUUAAAACCGGCACGCGCCUGUUUGGACUUCCGCCCGGUUUGUUAAUUGAGGAGAAAAACCCAUAAAAUGGAGGAAAUGAUGGAAGACUCGGAGUCUGUGGAAAUGUCUGGACCCGAACCGGUCCAGGGUGUCGCGGCUGCAUGGGAUUCGGUCUCUGCGGCUCUGGUGUCUCCUGGCUUCUCGGUGUCGGAUCAGAACCUCGUGGACGGCCUGGCUCUGCUCUGCCGUCGGGGUCUGGCUCCUCUUCUCGGGGUGUGGCUGCUGGAGACCUUGCAGAUGCGUUUGUCGUCCUCCGUGGUUCCAGAGUUCUGGUGUGGACUGAAGCAGCCGGAGAACGAGCUGGAGGAGAGGGGCCGGGCCUGGGUUCUCCUCACCGCCUUCAGGACUCUGCUGGACCGCCUGGAACCCUUCCUGAGUGGUUUGGAGAAGCUGGGGGCGUGGCAGCAGGAGGGCCGCUGUGGUCUGAGCGGGCCGGGACCCAAAGGGCUCAAGGAGCAGGCCUUCACGACCAUCAGAGCGCUCCUGCUCUUCUCGCCAUCUCCUGUCCUGCAGGAGCGUGUGCUGGAGUUCUACAGCCGGACCUUCUCUGUUUACAUGAAGCAGGAGGGGAACGCCGAGGAUGGGGCAGAGGCUCCGGAUGGUUCUGAGGGAGGGGCCUGUCCGGGCUGUGGGGUCCCGCUUCACCAGUGCUGGUGUCUGGAGGCCCUGGAGCAGCUGCAGCAGCUCAGCCACAUCCUGUCCAAACUGCAGCUGCUGGACUGGGUCAGCUCAGAGGCCGUCACCUCCAUCCUCCACAAGCUCAUCGAGCAGCGGAUGGAGCAGCACUGCCGCGGCGAGUACGAGCGCUCCUUCCUGCUGAACUUCCAGGAGUGGUUGGAGCUGGUGCUCGGCUGGCUGGGGAAAGUCUUUGCCUGUGAGGGGUCGGGAGACGGUCCGGCACCAGCAUCUUUGGCCAGUCCGGUCAUGAAGCAGUGGAGGUGCCACAUGCACCAGUUCUUCUGCAGGAUCUACGUCAACAUGAGGAUCGAGGAGCUCUUCAGCAUCAUCAGAGAUUUCCCAGAAUCCAAAGCUGCGAUUGAGGAUCUCAAGUUUUGCCUGGAGAGAACUAACCAGCGACAGCAGCUCCUCACUUCCCUGAAAUCUGCCUUCGAAAGCCGUUUGCUGCACCCGGGAGUUCACACCUCUGACAUCCUCACCGUUUACAUCUCAGCCAUCAAAGCCCUCAGAGAGCUGGACCCGUCCAUGGUCAUCCUGCAGGUUGCCUGUCAGCCAAUCAGAAAGUACCUCAGGACUCGGGAGGACACGGUGCGGCAGAUCGUGGCGGGUCUGACCGGAGAUGCGGAGGGCUGCACCGACCUGGCCUCCGAGCUGUCCCGCGGAGACCCGGUGACGCUGGAGAUGCAGGACAGCGACGACGAAGGCACCGACCCGGAGGACUGGACCCCGGACCCGACGGACGCCGUGCCCGAUAAGCUGGGCUCCAAGCGGCGCUCCUCAGACAUCAUCAGCCUGCUGGUCAGCAUCUACGGCAGCAAGGACAUCUUCAUCGACGAGUACAGAGGCGUCCUGGCCGACCGCCUGCUGCAGCAGCUCAACUACAACACCGCCAGGGAGAUCCGGAACGUGGAGCUGCUGAAGCUUCGCUUCGGAGAGUCUCACAUGCACUACUGCGAGGUCAUGCUGAAGGACAUGGCGGACUCCCGCAGGAUCAACGGCAACAUCCGGGAGGAGGAGUCGCGGCUGAGCGAAGACGAGCAGCCGCCGCUGCCUCUGUCCGCCAUCAUCCUGUCCUCUGAGUUCUGGCCGACGCUGAAGGAGGAGAAGCUGGAGCUGCCCCCCGUCGUGUGCCGGGCCAUGGAGGCCUACACCCACAGAUACGAGAAACUGAAGGCCAUGAGGACCCUGAGCUGGAAGCCUCACCUGGGAUCCGUCAUUCUGGACGUGGAGCUGGAGGACCGAAUCCUGACCAACCUCACCGUGUCGCCCAUCCAGGCCGCCAUCAUCCUUCACUUCCAGGACAAAAGCUCCUGGACGCUGGAGGAGCUGAGCGGAAAGCUGGGGGCCCCCAAGGAGCUGGUCCACAGGAAGCUGGCCCUGUGGCAGCAGCAGGGCGUCCUGAGGGAGGAGGCGGGGGGGCGCUACUAUGUGGUGGAGAUGGGCUCCUCCAUGGAGAAGCUGGAGAGGGGGGGGAUGCUCAUCGACAGUGACGAGGAGAGGGACUCCAACACCACCACCCAGUCCGAGCAGAGGGAGGAGAAGCUGCAGCUCUUCUGGGCUUACAUCCAGGCCAUGCUCACCAACCUGGACAGCAUGACGCUGGACCGCAUCCACUCCAUGCUGCGGAUCUUCGUGGCCACGGGGCCCGUCGUCACGGAGAUGGACAUCAGUGAGCUGGAGGCCUUCCUGCAGAAGAAGGUCAGGGAGCAGCAGCUUCUGAUGUCUGCGGGGGUGUACAGACUCCCCAAGCCCACCUGAAGCAGGACCGUGCUGCGUUCAAGAGCAGCGGGAAAAUGCCAACGUGCUGCAGGCUGAAACCUCCUUUGGGUCAUCAUAAAAGCUCUUUAAAUUAUUACUUUGAACUUUUCAUUCUGGGUUAAAUGUGAUGGACUUUCUGUGAAAAAUGUGGUUCUGAAUAUUUUCGCAUUUAUUUAGUUCACAUUGAAGAAAUAAACUCCCCCUCCAC